CUCCCGCACUACCUUGUUGUUAGUUGAAUGCACACUGCCAGGUGCGCUGAGCUCAUGGCCCUUUUUAUUAAAAUUUCCCAGCUUGCGCCGAUUUUUUUUUUCCCUUUUCCUUCCUUUCGUCCCCUAUAACCAAAACAUCUUCCUUAGACGACCAACUUUCGUUCUUGCAUACCCUUUUCUAUUUCUACCUACGUAGACUUUACAACCCUAAUCAUUAAUACUAUUCUCUCUCUCUACCUACUUCACCAAUCUUCAAACCAUCAAAAUGGGUUUCUCUGCUGGUGACUCCAAGAAGGGUGCAAACCUCUUCAAGACCCGAUGUGCCCAGUGCCACACCCUAAAGGCUGGCGAGGGUAACAAGGUCGGCCCCGCGCUACACGGUCUUUUUGGCCGCAAGAGUGGUCUAGUCGAAGGCUUCGCCUACACGGAUGCCAACAAGCAGAAGGGUGUCACUUGGGAUGAGAGCUCUCUCUUCGACUACCUAGAGAACCCCAAGAAGUAUAUCCCCGGCACCAAGAUGGCCUUCGGUGGUCUAAAGAAGGAGAAGGACCGUAAUGAUCUUAUCACCUUCUUGAAGGAGUCUACGGCAUAAACGAAGUAACGAUAAAAAGACGUGUACCAAUACCAUCGCAUUAGAAAUGACCGGCCAGUCGUGUAUUUUAGACUACUAGACCGCUUCAGUACCCCCUUGUGGGCGGUGCGAACUUAUAUCCAUCUCCUCUUUUUCAACUGCAGUUACAUAGAGAUUCAUGUUGCAUGUGGUAGGAGCGUUAGGAGUUCAGGCUUUCUCUCUUGGGUGAGGGAGGCUUGGAUCGGACAUAAUUAAUGUCUCCGGCAAUUGAACUCGAUAUAUAUUUGUUCC